GCGCUCGGCUCGGCUCGGCGGGGCCCAAGAUGUCGACCAAGAAUUUCCGCGUGAGCGACGGGGACUGGAUCUGCCCCGACAAGAAGUGUGGGAACGUUAACUUUGCUAGAAGAACCAGCUGUAACAGAUGUGGAAGAGAAAAAACGACGGAAGCCAAAAUGAUGAAAGCUGGAGGGACUGAAAUAGGAAAGACACUUGCUGAAAAGAGUCGUGGCCUCUUCAGUGCGAACGACUGGCAGUGUAAAACAUGUGGUAAUGUGAACUGGGCCAGAAGAUCAGAAUGUAAUAUGUGUAAUACUCCAAAGUACGCUAAAUUGGAGGAAAGGACGGGAUACGGAGGAGGAUUUAAUGAACGAGAGAAUGUUGAAUAUAUAGAACGCGAAGAAUCAGAUGGGGAGUAUGAUGAGUUUGGACGCAAAAAGAAAAAGUAUAGAGGGAAGCCGGUUGGUCCUGCGUCUAUCCUGAAGGAAGUAGAAGAUAAGGAAUCUGAAGGGGAAGAUGAGGAGGAUGAGGAUGAAGAUCUCUCCAAAUAUAAAUUGGAUGAGGAUGAGGAUGAAGAUGAUGCUGACCUUUCAAAAUAUAAUCUUGACGCCAGUGAAGAAGAGGACACUAAUAAGAAAAAGAAAUCCAAUAGGCGCAGUCGUUCUAAGUCUCGAUCUUCCCACUCACGAUCUUCAUCGCGCUCAUCCUCUCAUUCAAGCUCAAGGUCUAGGUCCAGGUCCCAUUCAAGAAGUUCUUCCAGUUCCAGAUCAAGAUCUCGUUCCAGUUCCAGAGAACACUCUAGAUCUCGUGGGUCGAAAUCAAGAUCCAGCUCCAGGUCCUACAGGGGGUCUUCCACCCCAAGAAAGAGAUCUUACUCAAGCUCUCGUUCAUCAUCUUCCCCCGAGAGAAGCAAGAAGCGAAGUCGUUCUAGAUCUUCUUCAUCUGGUGAUCGCAAAAAAAGACGAUCGAGAUCACGGUCACCCGAAAGACGCCGCAGAUCAUCAUCUGGAUCUUCCCAUUCUGGUUCCCGUACAAGUUCUAAAAAGAAAUAAUGUAUUAAAGCUCACAU